UCCACUGGGAAACUAACGGGAUUUGUAACAGACUGCUUGGGAAUUCGGAAUAAUCUUCUUCCUGCGCCCUCCCCUUCCCCAAGCAUACAGAUGGUCAGACGUAUAGAGUAUAUUGGAACAGAAAUGAGUUGUUAGAAAUUGCAGAUCUGGUUGGAAUUUUCAGAGCAAUGUUACCAAUGUUUGGGGCAGUGCCCCAGUCAGUUUGAUUACACCAGGUUUCCAUCCUCCCAGAAGUUGGGAUGAUCGCCUUUGGGAAAAAUCUGGGUUUUUUUCUGCCUUUAUUUCUACGUGUCAAAGGGCACGGGAAUGAUCCUGGUUUCCAGUGGCCCGCGCUCUCGGACAUAUCCCGGGGCUUUUCCAAUGGCUCCGAGCUGACACUUCCCAACAUUUCCAAUAGUAGUCUGUCUCCACCUCCUCAGUGUUUUCUUUAGGUGCUGCGUGUUUGAACGAAUGAGCACAAUGAGAAAGUCGAGGAAAGAGCCGGUUUAAUGGGAACCAGAUGUGGGGGAGUGCGGCGAGACUUGUCGAUCAGUUUCGGCCUAAUCCAAUGAGGGCCGGAGUUGGGGAGUUCUGCCUUCUCCCGGGGGCUAUUGGCUGUUCUUGGGGUUAAACAGAAAGCCAGCUAUAAAACCAGGAGAUCAGAGCGAGAGAGCCGCUUCUCCUCCCCUUUCCUAUCCACUUUGGAACACAUCUGUUCGCUUCCAGAAAUGCAGGGAAGGGGCUUAAUUUCCCUGUUCAAACUGCACUGGCUUCUCAGCUUGGUUUCUGCAAUCGAAAGAGAGGAGUUUUUCCCGUUUGGUCCCCACACACCAGACCUGACCCUGCAGCAAGGCGAUGAUGAAACCUCUCCAGUUAUCCAACUCAAAAGGCCAUUUGUCUUUUAUGACACACAGUUCAGUCACCUCUACGUAGGAACGAAUGGGAUCAUCUCCACGCAGGAUUUCCCCCGAGAGACUCAGUAUGUAGACGACGGAUUCCCCACUGAUUUCCCGGUGAUAGCGCCUUUCCUGUCAGAUAUCGACACAAGCAAUGACCGAGGGCGGAUUUAUUACAGACAAGACGAUUCCUCGGAUGUCCUUGGCCGCGCCGGCCGGGAGAUCAGGAGAGGUUUUCCUCAAAGCUCAUUCACUCCGACCAACGCUUUCAUCGCCACUUGGGAGAACGUGGCGGCUUAUGAGGAAGUGUCGCGCUCGGUUGCCUCCUCUGACAGGUUCAACACCUUUCAGGCACUGUUGGCUUUUGAUGAGUCAAACACCUAUGCAAUUUUUCUCUACCCAGAAGAUGGGUUGCAGUUCUUUGGAACCCGUCCUAAGGAGUCCUACAAUGUUCAGAUAGAGCUGCCUGCUCGCGUGGGCUUCAGCAGAGGGGAAACUGGUUUCUUUCUGUGGAAAAGUGAGGGUCCUUAUUACAGUAUUACCAGCAAUGAACAAUCUGUGAAAAACCUAUAUCAGAUGGGCAAUUCAGGUACUCGAGGAGUUUGGGUUUUUCAUAUCGGUGGAGCUUCCUCAUUUAACAAUGUAAUUCCAGCAAAUAUAGGAGGGACACCUUCAAGAGAGGACUCUGUUGUAACAUUGGAUAGUGCUUUAAGUGGCCCAGUUCAGCAUAAUAUGUUGGAAUCUGAAUACACUGACAAUGAAGAUUACAAACAAUAUUAUGAAGAUGAUGAUGAAGAAGAGGAAUACAUGCCUUCUGUACCCACAGAGGCUGUGGAUAGAAUUGAUGGGAUUCCAGACAACCUACCAUAUCCAGAUGGAGGCAUUAUACCUUCCUAUCCUGAAGGUUACCCAGAGGCAGGCAUUGUGUCAUCAUACCCUGAGACUGGGGUUUUGCCAUCAUAUCCCGAGAGGCAACCUGAGGUUAUGACUGAGUCAAGGUACCCUGUUGGAUACUCAGAGGUUGAAUCUUUGCUGAGAAUUCCGUUACCAGUUACACAUAAUAGACAUAUUGUCAGUGUGGAAGAAGAUGAUGAAAUAGGUACUGGUGGUUUCACGUAUAAUACAGGCACAAGGGAAACCUGUGCGAGAAACCAGGGACAGUGUUCCCAACAUGCUUAUUGUGCUGAUUACUCAACUGGAUUCUGCUGUCACUGCCAUUCUGGUUACUAUGGCAAUGGAAGAGAAUGUCUACCAGAAGGUGUUACUCAGCGUGUAAAUGGAAAAGUAAAUGGAAAAUUAAUAGUUGGAGCCAAUCGAAUGCCUGUGGAGUUUCGGAAUGCUGACUUGCAUGCAUAUGUAGUUGUAAAUGAUGGGAGAGCCUUUACAGCUAUUAGCCAAAUUCCCGAGGUGGUAGGUUGGGCAAUGCAGUCGCUUCCUAUAAUUGGAGAUCUUUUUGGAUGGUUGUUUGCUGUGGAACAACCAGGCUUCAAAAAUGGUUUCAGCAUUGCAGGUGCUAAAUUUAUUCGCAAUGUUGAUAUCAUCUUCUAUCCUGGCAACGAGAAGUUAAAUAUAAUGCAAAUAGCUCAAGGACUUGAUACACAGAAUUAUCUCAGCAUUGCCACUGAAAUUGAGGGUGAAUUGCCUGAUAUUGCCCAAGGUGCUACGGUCCAGAUCCAACCAUAUGAUGAACUCUACCACCGUUCUAGUUCUGCAAUUACUUCUACAACCUACAGGGAGUAUUCAGUUGAAACCAGGGAUGGUAGGACACAGACACUUCGAUAUCAGCUGAGGCAGAACAUUACUUACUAUGACUGUGAACAUGCACCAAGGACGACUCCAGCCAGUCAACAACUUAAUGUUGAUCGUAUUUUUGUGCUUUAUGAUGAGAGUGAGAAGGUUGUUAGAUAUGCAAUGAUUAACCAGAUUGGAGCCGCCAGAGGUAACUUGAGGCCUGAUACAGUAAAUCCAUGUCAGGAUGGAAGCCACACUUGUGAUCCAAGAGCACAAUGUUUUGCAAUAAAUGAACGUGAACACAUCUGCAAGUGUGCUCCUGGCUAUGAAGGAGAUGGCAAAGUUUGCUCAGAUAUUGAUGAGUGUGCUGAUAUUAGCACCCAUGAGUGUGGAGAACAUACUGUUUGCGUCAAUGUGGCUGGAUCCUAUGGGUGUGACUGCCAGCAUGGCUAUAGAAUUCUAGAGAAUGGAAACACAUGUGUUCCUGUUGACCAAUGUACUGAGGGUUUAUGUCAUUCACAUGCAACUUGUUAUGAUACCCCUGGCUCGUACGUCUGUCGAUGUAACCCUGGUUAUGAAGGAGAUGGUACCCAGUGUAGACCAAUCGAGUCAGAACCUGUAUCACGCACAAAGACUGCUUGUGAGGAGCUACGAGAUGAAGUGGAAGCUGAAUUCAGCCCCCGUGGCCCAAGACCCCACUUUGGUAUGCAUGUUCCUCAAUGUGAUGAGCAGGGCAACUUUAGACCUCUACAGUGCCACAGCAGUACAGGCCAGUGCUGGUGUGUAGAUGCAUUGGGCAGGGAAAUUUCUGGAACCAGAACGCUGCCUGGAAAUAAUCUACCAACAUGUAGGCACUCAGAACCCAUUCAGCACUCAAAGACUGCUUGCGAACAGCAUCGAGAGAGACUGAAAACAGUGCUAAGCGGGCGUGGAUCUCCAGCUCUUACUGGAAUCCAUAUCCCUGAGUGCGAUGAUGAAGGAAACUUCAGACCUCUGCAAUGCCACAGCAGUACCGGCCACUGCUGGUGUGUCUACGAAAAUGGACAAGAAAUUCCAGGGACUAGGACGCCACCUGGAACUGGUCAACCACAGUGUGGACAGCCAGUAACAAAUGAACGUCCAAAGACUCUUUGCGAACAGCACCAAGAAAGAGUGCACUUAGGCUUGACGCCUCUAAUUGGAGCCUAUAUCCCUCAGUGUGAUGAGGAGGGGAACUUCAGGCCUCUGCAGUGCCACGGCAGUACAGGCCACUGCUGGUGUGUGGAUGAAACGGGACAGGAAAUUCCUGGGACAAGGACACCACCUGGAACUGGUCAACCACAGUGUGGACAGCCAGAAUCCACUGAACGCCCAAAGACUGUUUGUGAACAGCACCGAGAGAGACUGCAAGCUGAGCUGAACCUGCGUGGAUCACAACCUCUUAUUGGGGCCUAUAUCCCUGAGUGUGAUGAGGAGGGGAACUUCAAGCCUCUGCAGUGCCAUGGCAGUACAGGCCACUGCUGGUGUGUGGAUGAAAGGGGACAGGAAAUUCCUGGGACAAGGACACCACCUGGAACUGGUCAGCCACAGUGUGGGCAGCCAGCAAACAAUGAACGCCCAAAGACUGCCUGUGAACAGCAUCGAGAGAGAUUGCAAUCAGAGGCACGUGGAUCACAUCCUAUUGUUGGUGUCCAUAUCCCUGAGUGUGAUGAAGAGGGAAACUUCAAGCCUGUGCAGUGCGACAGCAGUACAGGGUACUGCUGGUGUGUGUAUGAGAAUGGACAGCAAAUUCCAGGGACGAGAACACCCCCUGGAAUCAGUCAGCCACAAUGUGGACAGCCAGCAAUCAAUGAACGGGUAAAGACUGCUUGUGAACAGUAUCAAGAGAGACUUCAAGCAGAGCUGCGGCUGCGUGGAACUCUUGUUGGAAUUCAUAUCCCUGAGUGUGAUGAGGAGGGGAACUUCAGGCCUCUGCAAUGUCAUGGCAGCACAGGCCACUGCUGGUGUGUAUAUGAGAAUGGACAGGAAAUUCCAGAAACUCGGACGCCUCCUGGAACGGACCCACCCCGCUGUGGAGUGCCAGAAAUUAAUGAACGUUCAAAAACUGCUUGUGAGCAACAUCGAGAGAGACUGCAAAUGGAACUGAGCUUGCGUGGAAAUCAAGCUCUUGUUGGAAUCCAUAUCCCUGAGUGUGAUGAAGAGGGGAAGUUCAGAUCUGUGCAGUGCCACAGCAGCUCAGGCCACUGCUGGUGUGUAUAUGAAAACGGACAGGAAAUUCCGGGAACUCGGACACCACCUGGAAGUGCUCGACCUCGCUGUGGGCUGCCAGCCAGUGAACAUCCAAAGUCUGCUUGUGAAGAACAUCGAGAAAGGAUACAAACACAGUUAAGACUUCGUGGAUCACAACCUCUUAUUGGAAUCCAUAUCCCUGAGUGUGAUGAGGAAGGGAACUUCAGGCCUCUGCAAUGCCACAGCAGCACAGGCCACUGCUGGUGUGUAUAUGAGAAUGGACAGGAAAUUCCUGGCACUAGGACACCUCCUGGUACUGAUCGACCACAGUGUGGACAGCCAGCCACUGAUGAACGCCCAAAGACUAUUUGCGAACAGUAUCGGGAGAGACUGCAAGCAGAGCUGAACCUGCGUGGAUCACAACCUCUUGUUGGGGCCUAUAUCCCUGAGUGUGAUGAGGAGGGGAACUUCAAGCCCCUGCAAUGCCAUGGCAGUACAGGCCAUUGCUGGUGUGUGGAUGAAAGGGGACAGGAAAUUCCUGGGACGAGGACACCCCCUGGAACUGGUCAACCACAGUGUGGACAGUCAGUACCCAUUGAACGCCCAAAGACAUCUUGUGAACAGUAUCGGGAGAGACUGCAAGCAGAGCUGAACCUGCGUGGAUCACAACCUCUAAUUGGAGCCUAUAUCCCUCAGUGUGAUGAGGAGGGGAACUUCAGGCCUCUGCAGUGCCACGGCAGUACAGGCCACUGCUGGUGUGUGGAUGAAACGGGACAGGAAAUUCCUGGGACAAGGACACCCCCUGGAACUGGUCAACCACAGUGUGGGCAGCCAGGACCCGUUGAACGUCCAAAGACUAUUUGUGAACAGCAUCGAGAGAGACUGCAAGCAGAGUUGAGCCUGCGUGGAUCACAACCUCUAAUUGGAGCCUAUAUCCCUGAGUGUGAUGAGGAGGGAAACUUCAAGCCAUUGCAGUGCGAUGGCAGUACAGGCCAUUGCUGGUGUGUGGAUGAAAGGGGACAGGAAAUUCCUGGGACAAGGACACCACCUGGAACUGGUCAACCGCAGUGUGGACAGCCAGGACCCAUUGAACGCCCAAAGACAGCUUGUGAACAGUACCGAGAAAGACUGCAAGCAGAGUUGAACCUUCGUGGAUUGCAAACUGUUGUUGGAGUCCAUAUCCCUGAGUGUGACCAGGACGGGAACUUCAAGCCUUUACAAUGCCACAGCGGUACAGGAUACUGCUGGUGCGUAGAUGGAAGAGGACAGGAAAUUCCUGACACUCGGACUCCUCUUGGAUCUGACCAACCACAAUGUGGACAGCCAGAACCUUUUGAACGAACAAAGACUGUUUGUGAACAGCAACGAGAGAGACUGCAAGCAGAGCUGAACUUGCGUGGAUCUCCAGCUCGGGUUGGUGCCUAUAUCCCUGAGUGUGAUGAGGAGGGGAACUUCAAGCCCCUGCAAUGCCAUGGCAGUACAGGCCACUGCUGGUGUGUGGAUGAAAGGGGACAGGAAAUUCCUGGGACGAGGACACCACCUGGAACUGGUCAACCACAGUGUGGACAGCCAGAACGCAUUGAUCGCCCAAGAACUGCCUGUGAACAGUACCGAGAGAGACUGCAAGCAGAGCUGAACCUGCGUGGAUCACAACCUCUUGUUGGGGCCUAUAUCCCUCAGUGUGAUGAGGAGGGGAACUUCAGGCCUCUGCAGUGCGAUGGCAGUACAGGCCACUGCUGGUGUGUGGAUGAAAGGGGACAGGAAAUUCCUGGGACGAGGACACCACCUGGAACUGGUCAACCACAGUGUGGACAGCCAGAACACAUUGAUCGCCCAAGGACUGCUUGUGAACAGUACCGAGAAAGACUACAAGCAGAGCUGAAUCUGCGUGGAUCACAGGUGGGGGUCCAUAUCCCUGAGUGCGAUGAAGUAGGGAACUUCAAGCCUCUGCAGUGCCAUGGCAGUACAGGCUACUGCUGGUGUGUGGAUGAAAGGGGACAGGAAGUUCCUGGGACGAGAACACCACCUGGACCUGAACAGCCACAGUGUGGACAGCCAGAACGCAUUGAUCGCCCAAGGACUGCCUGUGAACAGUAUCGAGAGAGACUGCAAGCAGAGCUGAACCUGCGUGGAUUACAGGUGGGGGUCCAUAUCCCUGAGUGUGAUGAGGAGGGGAACUUCAAGCCUCUGCAGUGCCAUGGCAGUACAGGCUACUGCUGGUGUGUGGAUGAAAGGGGACAGGAAGUUCCUGGGACAAGGACACCACCUGGAACUAGUCAACCACAGUGUGGACACCCAGAAUCCAUUGAACGGCCAAAGACUGCUUGUGAACAGCAUCGGGAGAGGCUACAAGCAGAGGUGAAUCAGCAUGGAUCACACUUCCUUGGAAUCCAUAUCCCUGAGUGUGAUGAGCAGGGGAACUUCAGGCCUCUGCAGUGCCAUGGCAGUACAGGAUACUGCUGGUGUGUGGAUGAAAGGGGACAGGAAAUUCCUGGGACAAGGACACCCCCUGGAGCUAGUCAACCACAGUGUGGGCAGCCAGAGCCUGUGGAAGGCCCAAAGACUAUUUGUGAACAGCAUCGAGACAGACUGCAAGCAGAGCUGAACCUGCGUGGAUCACAGCCUCUAAUUGGAGCCUAUAUCCCUGAGUGCGAUGAGCAGGGGAACUUCAAGCCUCUGCAGUGCCAUGGCAGUACAGGAUACUGUUGGUGUGUGGAUGAAAGGGGACAGGAAAUUCCUGGGACCAGGACACCUCCUGGAUCUGGUCAACCACAGUGUGGACAGCCAGAGCCUGUGGAAGUCCCAAAGACCAUUUGUGAACAGCAUCGAGAGAGACUGCAAGCAGAGCUGAGUCUGCGUGGAUCACAACCUUUUGUUGGAGCCUAUAUCCCUGAGUGCGAUGAGCAGGGGAACUUCAAGCCUCUGCAGUGCCAUGGCAGUACAGGGUACUGUUGGUGUGUGGAUGAAAGGGGACAGGAAAUUCCUGGGACCAGGACACCUCCUGGAUCUGGUCAACCACAGUGUGGACAGUCAGAGCCUGUGGAAGGCCCAAAGACUAUUUGUGAACAGCAUCGAGAGAGACUGCAAGCAGAGCUGAGUCUGCGUGGAUCACCACCUUUUGUUGGAGCCUAUAUCCCUGAGUGUGAUGAGCAGGGGAACUUCAAGCCUCUGCAGUGCCAUGGCAGUACAGGAUACUGUUGGUGUGUGGAUGAAAGGGGACAGGAAAUUCCUGGGACCAGGACACCUCCUGGAUCUGGUCAUCCACAGUGUGGACAGCCAGAACAUGUUGAACGGCCAAAGACUAUUUGUGAACAGCACCGAGAGAGACUGCAAGCAGAGCUGAGUCUGCGUGGAUCACAACCUCUAAUUGGAGCCUAUAUCCCUGAGUGUGAUGAGGAGGGGAAAUUCAGGCCUCUGCAAUGUCAUGGCAGUACAGGAUACUGCUGGUGUGUGGACGAAAGGGGACAGGAAAUUCCUGGGACGAGGACUCCACCUGGAACUGGUCAACCGCAGUGUGGACAGCCAGAAUCCAUUGAAAGGCCAAAGACUGCUUGUGAACAGCAUCGGGAGAGGCUACAAUCAGAGGUGAAUCAGCAUGGAUCACACUUCCUUGGAAUCCAUAUCCCUGAGUGUGAUGAGCAGGGGAACUUCAGGCCUCUGCAGUGCCAUGGCAGUACAGGAUAUUGCUGGUGUGUGGAUGAAAGGGGACAGGAAAUUCCUGGGACAAGGACACCCCCUGGAACUAGUCAACCACAGUGUGGGCAGCCAGAACUCCCGCAGCGACAACCAACUGUGUGUGAACGGUGGAGACUGAGUCUUCUGGAACAUUACGGUGGCAGACCAGCUAAUGAUCAGUACAUUCCCGAAUGUAAUGAGUUUGGGGAAUUUAGUCCUUUGCAAUGCCAUGGGAACAGUGGUUACUGUUGGUGUGUCGAUAAAGAUGGUCGGGAAAUUCAAGGAACUAGAACUGAACCCGGCAGUCCACCAGCAUGUAUACCAACAGUUGCACCUCCCAUUACACAGCCUUCUCCAGCUCCUGUAGUGACUGCACCACGCACGGGUACCUUCCUUUUAUAUGCUCAGGGCCAGCACAUUGGGUACCUGCCCCUGAAUGGUACUCAGCUAAACAAAGAGGGAGCCAAGAGCCUGUUAGCUCUUCAUGGUUCAAUUGUUAUUGGUAUUGAUUACGACUGUAGGGAUAAGAUGGUUUACUGGACUGAUGUUUCUGGCCGAACUAUUAAUCGUGCUAGUUUGGAACCAGGUGCUGAGCCAGAAACAGUUAUUAACUCAGACCUGAUUAGUCCUGAAGGACUGACCAUAGACUACCUCCACAGAAACAUGUUUUGGACUGACAGUGGACUGGAUAAGAUAGAAGUUGCUAAAUUGGAUGGAUCUGAACGAAGAGUUCUUGUUGAUACUGAUCUGGUAAAUCCCAGAGCAAUUGCAGUGGACUCUCUUAAUGGCAACCUUUACUGGACAGACUGGAAUCGUGAAGCUCCUAAAAUUGAGACUUCUCAUGUAGAUGGAACUAACAGAAGGGUAUUAGUUUCAAAUGAUAUUGGAUUGCCAAAUGGAUUGACAUUUGAUCCUUUUUCCUCACAACUAUGUUGGGCUGAUGCUGGAACCAAAGAUCUGGAGUGUGUUUUUUCUGAUGGUACAGGAAGACAGGUGGUGCAACGUGGUCUAAACUAUCCCUUUAGUAUUGUUGCUUAUGCAAAUCACUUCUACUACACAGACUGGAGAAGAGAUGGAAUUAUAGUUGUAUCUAAAGAUAAUAACCAAAUUACUGAUGAGUACCUACCUGAUCAAAGAUCACAUCUGUACGGAAUAACUGUCGCCUACCCUCGUUGUCCGCAUGGAAGCAAAUAAUGAUUGUGCUGGUAAUGACAACUGUAUUUCAGCAUACUACAUCUGGAGGAAGAGCUCUAUUGGCGCACAAUGCUGCAUGGAUUGGUCUGUACUUUUCCUCCCAUUGUUAGUAGGGAACUGAAAAUGUUACAUGGUAACUAUUUUUUUUCAGAGAGCUUCCAUACCUCAUGAUUUUCAAGAACUCACUACUGUGCUGCCUUUUUGUUUUUAGUGGACUCAGUGACUGGUAUGAAUACAUGGUCAAUACCUCGUCACUUAUUCUGAAAUUUAAAGAACACAAGCAUAAAUAGUUGUGUGAUGGACACAUAUCAAGUAUAUGAUGCAGUGAAGAAAAAGCACAAACUAUGGAAUAAAAUACUCCAGAGAUUAUUUAACAGAGUGAUACAGCACCAUACAAACAUUUCCUGUACCUAUGAACAGCUGCUUUACUCUUUCCUGCAAGGCAUUCCAACUUGCGUACAAAUCAACUUGUGAGCAGAUUCCAGAACGGAACCCGUUCACAACCUGGGGACUGGCUGAAUUCUUUUCUGAAAGGCUGGCAAAAUGUUUCAAUUUCUUUCUCAUCAUCUAGAAGUUACUGCACUUAUUUCAGAAAUAUUUAACAGUUAGUUUCAAAUAACUGUAAACAAUUGUGAUUUUCAGAUUUGACAUCCUGAAUUGAUGUCUAAAACUUAACAGGAUUCAGUUAUUCAGUCAGCUAUUGUUGCAAUUGUUACCCUUGACAAGCUACAUAGAGUACAUAGAAGAAUCAGAUAUGAAUGUACCAUAGUCCAAUAAAAUAAAAUUAGUUCCUGUUUAGACUGAAAAUAUUUUUCUAACCAAAACUGUUUUAACCAGAAAGCGAUGUUACAAGUUGAACCAAAGACUGAUACAGUAGAAGAUUUAGUCUGGAACAAAAGUAUAGCAAUACUGAUUUUCUUAUUGUAAAAUGCCUGUGUAUCAUCAGUAAAGCAACAUCUGCUCAACAUCAUUUAUGACUAGCCCAAGAUAUUCAGGUGUAUGAUAUAUAUCACAAACAAAACCCAAAAUGUCAGUGGACAUGUCAGACUAUUGCAGUAUUAUUCAUAUUAAAUCAUAUUUGACCUGAGCUUACUUUUCAACAGCAAAAAAAAUUGCCAAACUACAAAUUUAAAAAAAUCAUUGGACAUCAUGAAUAUUGUAAAACAACCUCAAAAUUAAAUAUAUUUUUCCCUGAAAGAUGGCACACUAAAGUGUUUACACAUUGAUUAAUAUGCAAUCAUUAUACAUUUCCCAAAUACAAGACUGGUUUUAAAUAGCCUAUUUAGCAGUCAACUUGUUCAGUGCUGAUGAUGCCAAUGUGGAGUUUUGCCUCAUGUGGAUUUAUUCUGCAUAUUGUUCUGUUGCAGUAUUCCUGUUACAAGUAAAUAUUAGUGAUUUACAUAAAAGGUACCGUGUCAUGGUGGUGAUGAGCUCAGUUACAGUAACAAUAGUAAACAACAGUUCACAAACUGGACUUCAGACAUGCAGCAUUUCCUAGAUCUGGGUACCAAACAGAGCCAUGUGUGGCAGGAAGAAAUACCUCUGGAUAACCCAGUUGUUUUCCUCAUCAGGAAAUUAUGGCAGUAUUUUGCAACAGGCUUCCAAACUAGAUUAGGAAGAGUCUCAGUACAGAACAAUAUAGCAAUUAUGUAUUUAAUAUUGCUUUAAAAAUAAUCACAUUGCUAUUAAAACAUUCUUUUUUUUUGGGGGGGGGGGGUGGUUGAAGUUUAAAAAUAGUACCUUCUAAAAAAUAAGUUGUGCUUAAUCAAGGCACUCUUUGUAACGUGGAAUUGAUUCUUAUUAAACAAUUUGACAUUUUAUCACAAAGGUAUUCUGCCAAGUAACAUUUAGUCAUUGCAAGAACAGUGCUCACCCUGCUCUAUCACACUGAAGCUGUCCAGAAUUUUAGUGAACUUCUGCACGUCAAUUUACAAUUAUAGGUAGUGAAACCAACGUAGCACCACUCUCCAAGAGAUCAAUAGCUAUAAAAGCAAGACAAGCAACAGCUCGUCUCUUCCAAAAGAUGGAAGAACACCUAAGGAGGCACAAAAUACAAACUAGGUAGUGCAAAUUAUAUUAAAUUCACUCAACAUUUUUCAGCCUAUUGGGCAAGCACUACAACUUCAUAUACUUCAUUGUGUUUCAUUAGUGCAUCAGAGAGAUGCAGUGGGAGUAAGGCAAAUCAAAAGGAAUUUCCUGACUUUGAAGUUUUAUUGCAUAUGUGAAGAUUCCAGAAGUAGCUCUUCCAUUUAUUCCAUAAUUUUGGUUAGUGUUGAUAGCCUCAAUAUUUGUUGAGCCAGGAAUUGGUAAUAAACAAUAUAAAAGGAAUAUUUAUAUCCCUUAAACACUUUAAUCAUGCUUUAAAAUUGCAAAAAUUGUCUGGGAGUAGACAUAGUUUGCAAAAUCUGACACCGAUCUGCACUAUUGAUCCUAUAUUACAGUUACACAAAAAGUGAUUUCAAAGUGUCUAAUGAUAUUGAAUACUCUUAAAGCAUGACAAAAAACUGAAGCCACAAAAAUAUUUAACUAGUAUUCGGUAAUUUGGUAUAACACCUUUUAUGUUUAAAUAGUUGAAUAAGAACUGGCAGACAAGUUAAAAAAAAAUCUGACCCUUCAAUUGUUUCAUUAAUUAAUCCACAGUACAGAAUUUGUGAUUCUAUCAUGCUUUUCAAACACUAAAUAUUUUUAAAAUAAUCCUGUUUUUAUUUCUAACCUGCUUCUCCAGGUGGAGAUAGCAAAACUGCCUUUUCCAUAACCAUUAUCAUUUUCAAUUGGCUCGAACUAGGAUUCACUGCAGGUUACCACAGAACAGAGUAUAAAUUAUUCAGCUUUUCCAAUUAUAAUAUUCACUAAAAUAUUUAACAAAUAUUGAUUAGUACAAGGUCUUGUGGUUUUACUAUCGACAAACAUUUAUUAAAGGAACCUGCUCUCAAACUUGUUUUGAAUGUUUCAUUUUACAUCAUACAUUGUAGUGCUUUCUCCAUGCAAACUUUUCUCUUGCACAUCAACAAUAAUUUUAACAACUUGAACAGUUAAUUUUGUACUUUUUUGCUAUUUCCUAUUGUGAAGCAUGUACAUUACCUGGAAUGUGUUUAACUUGACAAUACACUUGUAACCACACUGUUGUAACUUUGUUCCAAUUUAACAAUAAAAUUCAAGAAACAAA